CUCCCCCUCUUCCCCUUUAUUUUUUAUUUUUAGUCAUCUUGCAUUCUAAUGAAGAGUGGCGCUUUAUAUGGGCAUAUAGACUGUAUGUAUGUACAUACAAAAAAAGCCACUCUCAUGUAUUAUAUAAAUAAUAAUUUCCCUUAUUUCUUCUUUCCUUCUCUCUCUUCUUUUCUUUAAUUUUUUUUUUUAAACAACACAAUGGCUUUCAUCAAUUAUUUAGCACGCCAUACAAAUCAACAAGAAAAUAGCAGUAAACAUGUAAAUAAACGAUCACAAACACUACCCAUCGUAUCCAAAAAGAAGAAAGAAAUUGGUGAUUAUAUCUUGUGUAAAACCAUUGGCCGUGGUGCUUCGGGUCGUGUUAAACUCGGUAUUCAUAAACAAACGGGUGAAAAAGUUGCAAUCAAAAUGAUCUCUAGAAGUCAAUUAACAGUCUCCAGUACAACAGCAAGAUCAGUUCAAAGAGAAUUGGCUGUUCUUCAAUUACUACAUCACCCACACCUUGUCGAUCUCUGUCAAGUACUUCAAGAUAGCUCUUAUGUUUAUUUUGUGAUGGAAUAUCUAGAAGGAGGCGAGUUAUUUCACAUGCUGGCCACGCAAGGCCGUCUACCAGAGUCUGAGGCUCGUCGAUUAUUUGCUCAAUUGAUUUCAGCAUUGCAUUGGUGUCAUGCACAUCAUAUCAGUCAUCGUGACUUGAAGCCAGAGAAUAUCUUGUUGGACAAGAGCAAGAAUCUAAAGAUUGUAGAUUUUGGUAUGGCUGUUAUGCAGCCACCCAAUACGUUACUCAGAACAAGUUGCGGUUCCCCGCAUUAUGCGAGUCCAGAGAUUGUGAGAGGGAAAAGAUACGACGGUACAGCAACAGAUGUAUGGUCCUGUGGAGCUAUCAUGUAUGCUAUGGUGACUGGUCAUUUGCCCUUUGACGAUGAACAUAUGGGAAGAUUGUUGGCAAAAAUCAAAACAGGUCGAUACAGAAGUUUGCCCGAUUAUCUUUCAGCAGAUGCAAGAGACCUGAUAAAGCGUAUGCUUGUUGUUGAUCCAACAAAAAGAAUGACGAUGGCUGAAAUACUUGACCAUCCUUGGUUGACAAACAAAUCCUUUUUAGGAACAGAAUUGAGAUUCUUACACCAACCUUAUUCUCGUCAUGAUCCUCUUCAAGACCCUGAAUUAUUAGACGGCAGAAUAUGGGAAACACUCAAGGUGCUUUGGCGAGAAAAGACAGAAGAAGAAUUAUUGAAUUCUUUGUCUACAUAUGGAUGCAAUGUGCAGAAAUUGACAUGCAAACUAUUACAAGAAAGAUCUAAAAGAUUAAAACAACAACAAACACCAGAGAACCAUAGUUCUUUCAGUCUACCUCUCCGUAGAUCAUCUGUUGUUGCAGAUGAUGUUCUUAUGACUCCUCCUCUUCGUUCUUUAAGACAUGGUAAUGAAGAUUUGGACUCUUACAUUUUGUCUUCAACACCUUAUGAAUCUUCUGUCGAUACCAUGUCAUGCUGCAGAACACUCGAUAUGCCACUUACACCUAAAAGCACUACUACGUUCCAACAACUGUCCUCUUCGUCUUCUUCAACCGUCAUGGUGCCUGAUAAAAAGAAAAACAAUGAUUCUUAUUCCAUUUUAAGUCCUAUCAUGCAUCAACGCCCUAUGAGCUCAUUCUCUUCUUCUUCGCCUCGUCAUUGGGUCCCGGACGAUGGUGUAUUGGCCCAGACCGAAGAAACGCGAGGUUCUAAAUCUGCAGCUGAUGUAUUUAUCAUGACAAAAAAUAUAGAAACAACCUUUGCAAUGCAUGACGAAAAAACAACAAGGAGUACAUGGUGGCUAUGUUCAAAAGAUGAUUCACAACAACAACAACAACAACAACAGGAAACCUGGUGGACAAAAACCUGUGGUUAUUUUAAAAGAAAAAUCCCUGAAAAGACGAUUGCUAUUGAAUGCUUUGCUAAACAUGAAUAUGAAACAGCUGGCAAAUUACAUCAAGUGCUCGAAGAAUGCUUUCAUGGCAAGCUUACAGGAAGAAUGUAUCCUCAUGGAAAAGUUGUUUGGAGUGGUCUUAUGAAUAUUGAUUCUUCGCCACUCACAUUUGUUUGCCAUAUGACCAAGAUUCAUCAAACAGAGAAACCCAGGAUUCGAGUUCAUUUUAUUCUUGGACAAGGUGAUUUGUACAGAUUAGAAUCAAGCAUUCAAAGUCUAUUAGAUUGUCUCAAAACAUAUGAAAAAGAAUCUGACUGGGUCACGAAAACAAAUGGUUGGAUUCAACCUGAAAUCAUAUUGUAAAAUAAUUUAUAGCAUACCCUCUGUUUUCUGGAAAAAAAUUACAUUUAUAUUUCCCUUAUACCAACAUUUAAUAAGCAUAAUAAAAACAUAUCUAUUCCCCUUUUUGAGCCAC